ACCCCCAUCCCGCGCGCAGCCUCCGCCGCGAUGCCCCGGGCCUCCCGAGCCCCCGGGGUGCACCGCCUGGACCCGCAGUUCUCGGAGGAGCCGCCCUCCCAGGAGGAGCUUCUCCUGGCGGCUGCCUACGUUUCUGAUGCCCAGUACAACAGAAACGUCCCCUUCGAAACCUCGCCUCAGGCCAUCAGACUUUACUAUGUUUAUAACCACUGGACAAUGCGAGCCGCCACAUACUUCUUUAUCGGAGUAGACCUUUCUCUCGCCCUGUUUGAGGACCCUGCGUUGUUUUCUUUACCUUUCUUGGCCACCUCAGUAGCGGAAGUUCUCUGCCUGACUGCAUUCUUUGGGAGACUCGUGCAUUUUGCCAAAGUCACUCCUCAAAGGGUCUUUUGGAAGGAUACAAAAAACAUCUGCAUCAUGGUAACCAUAGCGUUGACCUUGGCUGAUCUCAUUAUCUACGGGUCCCUGGAAGCUGUUCACAUCCACGGUGUUCGAUGGUCAAGGGCCUUAAGGCCAGUUUUCCUAAUUAACUUGCCUGAAAGUCGCCAGAUCCGAAGGGCUUUCCGCAGCAUCCGGAACACUCUGCCCGACAUCUUCUACGUCUUUUUCUUGUUUAUGUUCAGUGUGCUAGUAUUCUCCCUCAUGGCCUUGAAGCUUUUUGGGAAUAGGAGUCUAAAAACAGCUGAAGGAUCACCUUACUUCGAGAACAUCCUGGAGAUAGCGUUUGAGCUCUACGUGCUGGUCACUACCGCGAACAGUCCCGAUGUCAUGAUGCCCGCCUAUGACUUGAACUCGUGGAAUUCUUUGUACUUUAUAACCUACAUCAUCAUCAAUACCUAUAUCUUCAUGUCCGUCUUUCUGGCUGUCGUCUACAACAAUUACAGGAAGCACUUAAAGAAUGAGAUUCGCAAGCUGGCAUAUCUGAAACGUCACAAAAUGAUAGAGGCAUUCAACAUUCUGAAGGUCAAGGUGGGCACAGAGUUUGUGGUGACAGAGGACGUGUGGAAGCGGCUGGCAAAGGUGGUGGUGCCAGACAUCAGCAGCUCCCACCUGGAGCUCCUUCUGAGGAUCUCCGACGAGGGACAGAAGGGGCACGUGGACAAAACGAACUUUCUGCGCCUGGCUGACCUCCUCAACAUCCAGGUGGUCACUAUCAACAUCAGGAGACAUCCAUUGGAGGCCUGGCUCCCACGGGUAUACCAGUCGUCUGCAAGCCUCUUGGUCCAGAAGAUGGUCCGGCACAGGAUUUUUGUCUGGGUUUAUGAUGUCAUCAUUAUAAUAAAUGCCAUCUUCAUUGCUCAGGAAGGGAGCAUUUCCUACUCGGAAUGGCUUUUCCUUUCUCUCUAUGUUAUCGAGAUUCUCCUGAAACUGUACACAUACGAGCCCAGAGCCUAUUUCGGAAGGAAGCAGUUCUGGAACUGGUUUGACACACUGAUCAUCCUUGCAGCCCUGGUGGCCACUGUGGCCAAUGCCACCAUUCAGUCAGCAAAAACAUACAACAGUCAGCAGAUACUAGAUAUCGUCCUAAUACUGAGGAUACUCCGGCUCUUAAGGAUCAUCAUUAGCAUUCAGAGAUUCCGGGUUAUUGUGACCACUUUAAUUAACAUUGGCCCCACGAUGCUGACGUUUGGUGGACUUGUCUUUGUGGUCUACUACGUCUUUGCUAUCAUUGGGAUGGAACUGUUCCACGGCAAAGUCCAGUUCUUUGAUCCGGACUCCACCGCUCCCGAAGCGCUGGUGUGUGGGAACCCAGCCUUGCGGGACUCGGCGUUCGCCCGAGACAGGUACUGCAAGAACAACUUCAACGACCUCGCGGCCGCCUUCGUGGUGCUCAUGGAGCUCACGGUGGUUAACCAGUGGCACAUCCUUGCUGGUGGCUUUGCCCUCGUGACUCACCAGGCGGCCAAGCUGUACUUCAUCUUGUUCCACGUCGUGGUCGUCAUCCUCAUUGUUAAUAUCUUCAUAGCGUUCAUCUUGGAGGCUUUCUUUGUGGCAUAUUCAUUAGAAAAAAGUGAAGUAGAAACUGCCAUUGAGAAGAAGAUUCAAGAGCUCGGAGUAGGAGUCCAAGAGGAAGAAGUGCAAGACGGGAAGCUCAAUGAUAACAUGGAUGCCAAGGCCGGUGGCUUCAGCGGACACGAUGAAGACAACAAACGGAAGACCUUGAAAGGCCUGUACUUCAGAAUUGCAUCAAAAAAGUACAAGACCGUGGACACCUUGCUGCAGCUAAUGUUCGAGUCUGAAAUCGCUCCAGAGGAUGAAGGCCCUUCCUUGGAUGAGAUUCUCAACUUCUCCCCCAGUGACAUAUAUCCCAAGAAUCCCAAUUUUGAAAACAGUGCGUGAUCCUGGACUUGCAAGGACCCACAACUGGAAAUUAUGAUAAGCUGUCCCCACAUUUUGCUAUCUGGAGAUGCUUUUUCCGGCCCAGGCCCUUUCUGUGUUCUGAUAAGCCUGUGACUCAGCCUCGCCUGUCCCGCGUGCUCUGUGGGAUGGCACAGAAGGGCUGCCUUGGUGUGCCCCGCCUGGGGUCGUUCUUGGGUCUGGUUGUGCAAAGGAGAGAAAUAUUGAUGACGAGGUCAUGAGGGGUACUUGCCAUACACAUGUAUGUGCGGGUGUGAAGUCUUCAGUGGGUACAAAACAGCAGUUCAUUUAUUUUGAUGCAGUACUUUGCUGUUCUGUUGACCUAUGCUACACGGUUACGAAUGAAUUAUAAAUAUUUAAAUAUGGUAAAAGAGCAUAAUCUAGUACAGCAGCUAUUAAACGCAGUGCUUAUUCAAAUGAAGAAAAUGUGAUUGUGAGAAUAUAAUUGUUGCAAUUGCUUCUUUUUGUGAGGGGGUAUACUCUCCUUAAAGCGUCUUUAAUUGAGGCAUCUA